AGAUGACAUCAUGGUCUUCAUGACAUCGACACAAGUAACAAGUUAGUGAGGAGACUAGAGCCACUUGACGGUUCUGGUCAGAGUGAGAGGACCCAGAAUGAAUGGCUGGCGAGUAGGAGCAAUGCGCUGUAUUUAGGACUCAAAACACAAAUAUGCUCUUUCAGUCCGGUUCUGACUUCGCUUCGAGGAAACAGGCAACAAGACUUCCUCCACAUAUCGAUUACAAAGUACUAACAAAGGGUUGGAAAUAUCUUCGGCUGGUUACUCGUUUCGUAUGCCAUCUUUCUAGUUUACCUGAGGAGACCACUUCUUCCCCUGUUGCUUGAUACGAAAUGGCUUUUGGCUAUGGCGAAACAGAUGACAGUGCAGCUAAUUCACUCCCUCAAAUCGAUCCAAAAGGUGGAGCUGAGUCGCUGAUAUCCACCCUUGCACGCCAGGAUCAAGGUAUGGAGUACGUGAUUCCAGCAAGCCAUGCUCCAACAUUCUUGUCUGUUGCUGAUGGUUUGGGCGGCACGCCAUGCUAUGCACCCGAUACCCAAGAGAAUCCCGGAAUGACCCACAUGAUUCCAUGGACAGAACAGUCACAGGCACCCUGGGUGCAGAACGGAGUAAUGCAACAGUGGCUGAGGAGUGCGGUCAAAUUGGAUGGCAGCGUACGCACUAGGUCUACGAAAAGUUCAGUUUGGACCGUGGGUACUCACUCGUCGACAGGUUCAGAUUGGAGUGUAGGUGCUGCAGGCACACCGAGAUCCAUUCCAUCGUCUGAGUUUUCAACACGCCCAUCACCAGUGUUGGGAACAAGCACUCCUCCGGCCGUGCUACCAUCGGGUUGGUCAGGAUACGUGGAAGGUCCGCGGCACACACCUGAGGAGGCCACUCAAAGUACGCUUCGUGGCACUGACUGCAGGACGGAACAUCUCCUGGCCGAGAUUGACCAGUACUUUCUCAGCAGUACACUUCUUAACCCAGCAGAAUCGCCUCCUGUCGAUUCUGGCACCGGGAGGAUCGAUGUUAACCAGCAGAUUCCCAGUAACACAGUCCUCAACACAGCAGCAACACAUCUGGUAAAUUCCUACAAGGAGAUGUUUGACAUUGAUCAGCAGCUUUUCAGUGGUACAGACUUCAGCCCAGCAGCAUCUCCUCCAGUUAAUUCCGGCACAGGGACUAUCAGGGUUGACUGGCCGUUUCUCAAUGCUGUAGACUCAGCAGCAGCAACUCUGGGUACUUCUGACACGGAGGUGAUGGACACUGCUCAGUACCCUUUCAAAGGUCCAGACUUCAGCCCAGCAGCAUCUCCUCCAGUUUAUUCCGGCACAAGGACUAUCAGGGUUGACCAGCCGUUUGUCAAUGCUGUAGACUCAGCAGCAGCAACUCCGGGUAAUUCUGACAAGGAGAUUCUGGACACUGACAAGUACCCUUUCAAAGGUACAGGCUUCAGCCCAGCAGCAUCGCCUCCAGUCGCUGGCAUUGAUUUGGUGGCAUUUAGCCAGUCGUGGCUUGUUCCGGAACAGGAUCCUGGCGAUAGCUAUGAGUGCCGGUACCAUGGUCUGCGACGAAGAAGGAGAUUGCCAGUCGGUGACCGAGAACCUCACUUCGUCUGCUCAAAAUGCACUGCAAUUUUGCACACAUUUUUUCGCUCUUGUCAGUAUCCGACAGUGAACCAGAAGCGUUCACUUCUCACACAGGUGGGUAUGGAACGUCGUCAGCUAGACAACUGGUUCUGCAACAAGCGUCGUCAGAUGCGACGCGCCACUGCCUCACCUUCGUCCAGCGAGCAAGGGUCACCAGUGCUACGCAGUUAGGCUAAAUAUCCGGUGCUUGCACCCCUUGAAGCACUUUACACGCAAGAACCUGAAAACUCUACAUGUCUUUGCAGAAGAAAUUCACGGUAAUGUCCAUAAAAUUAUGCAAAAGCCUUCAGCCCUUCAGCCCUUUAGCAUGUUAUACUUUGAAAUCCAUCACAUUGAUACUCUACGGAAUGGCCUACUCCUCUUGACACUUCCCAAUUCAUGUACAUGUACAUGUACAUGUACAUGUACGUAUUUCACCCCCGUGCUAUACAUGAUUGUACAUGUACAGCAUGUACAAUCAGCUAGGCUUUGCUGUAUGCCUAGAUAGAAGGUUAUACAUACAUGUACAUGUACAUGUACAUGUACAUUGUCGGUAAAUCGACCUAUCAUAAACCUUUGUCUGUUUGUUUGCUCCAUUCGUUCAAAUUUAGUCAACUCAGUAAGAACGUAGUGCAUGGACAUGUAUAACCGCAUGUACAUGUACAUAUAUGGCAUAAUUAUUGUUCUAAAUGUACAGUGUAUUCUGUAUUCAUGCCUAACUCGGAUUAAUAAUCAUGGUUAAAUAAUAAUUAGACUGUUUGUAAAGUAACUGGUCAUGGUGUUAAUGGAUAGUAUAGCGUGACCUGUAGCUCUUUGGCGCUCUUUUC